UGCAGUUAUAGAUAGAGAAAUAGAGUGUUUUAAAGAGCGAAAGAAUCGCUUGGCUUAUAAGCCAUUGAAGAAGGCCAAAGUCUAAACAGAGAGAGAGAGAGUUCUGGAGAGACACACAGAGAUAGAAUCAGACAGGGAGAGAGGGCUGUAAGGUUGGGGCUUUCUUGAGUAGUAGAAAGAGAGAGCCGCGGCCAUGGAAGAGUCAAAGGAUUUCAUUUCCGUCGAUAUGGAGAAGAUCUAUCUCGGAGGAAAGGAACAUCAUGUAAGAACUGGCCGUGGUUCCGUGUCUGUUAUCAUCUAUGGAGACCAAGACAAGCCAGCUCUAAUUACUUAUCCUGAUUUAGCUCUGAAUCAUGUGUCUUGUUUCCAAGGAUUAUUCUUUUGUCCUGAAGCGGCUUCUUUGCUGCUUCACAACUUCUGCAUUUACCACAUUAGCCCACCUGGACAUGAGUUGGGAGCUGCUCCGAUUUGUCCCCACAUUUCUGUACCUUCCGCUGAUGACUUAGCAGAUCAGAUUGUUGAGGUUCUCAAUUAUUUUGGGCUUGGUGCAGUGAUGUGCAUGGGGGUGAUGGCCGGUGCGUACAUCCUUACUCUAUUUGCCAUGAAAUAUAGAGAGCGUGUUCUUGGAUUGAUACUUGUGUCCCCUUUAUGCAGAGCAGCCUCUUGGACAGAAUGGUUUUAUAACAAGGUGAUUUCGAAUUUGCUAUAUUUCUAUGGCAUGUGUGGAUUGCUCAAGGAAUUUUUGCUUCAGAGAUACUUCAGCAAGGAAGUUCGUGGUACUGCAGAAGUUCCAGAGUCAGAAAUAGUUCAAGCAUGCAGAAAAUUGCUUGAUGAGAGGCAGAGCAUAAAUGUUUUGCGGUUCCUUCAGGCAAUUAAUAAGAGACCUGACCUUACUAGUGGGUUGAAGGGACUAAGAUGUCGCACUCUUGUUUUUGUUGGUGAUAAUUCUCCUUUCCAUUCUGAGGCUCUCCACUUGACCUCAAAGCUGGAUGGAAGAUAUUGUGCCUUAGUCGAGGUCCAGGCUUGUGGAUCGAUGGUAACAGAAGAACAGCCGCAUGCAAUGCUAAUACCUAUGGAGUACUUCUUCAUGGGUUAUGGGUUGUACAGGCCAUGUCAGCUCAGUGGCAGCCCAAGGAGCCCUCUCAGUCCAUCUUGCAUCUCACCAGAGCUUCUCUCUCCUGAAAGCAUGGGUUUGAAGCUUAAACCUAUAAAGACCCGUGUUUCGCUUUAAGUGGGGGGGAAUGUGGUUAUUUCUCACUUCAGAAAUUCAAAAAUUGGUUGAUUCCUUUUU